AUGGUUGGAAGCAAUCCAUCAUCAAAGUAUAGUAAACCUGAUGAUUUUUCUUCAGAUUUUGGGCUUCUACAGGUUGAGAUGGCUAAGGAUGCAGAGAAUGAGCGUUUGGGUGCAUCCACGUAUGGUCAAACAAUUGAAGGUGUGUCUGAUCGUAAUCUACCUCAAGGUGCACAUGAGUAUAGUUCAAAAAUAAAUGGUUUUGAACUUCUAGAACCAGAACAUUCUGAGAACAUAGCUGUGAGAUCGGGACGUCAAACUGAAAGGAGAGCCCGGAGAGCACGUGCUGCUGAAAAGGUGGGCUCCAGUGUUAUCUCUGUUAAAUCUGGAUCAUCUGGGAGAAAAAAGCGUGGUGCUAUCCAGGAAAUCGACUAUUCAGAUCCAUUGCAUUAUUUAAGGGCAACUACAAGCACAUCACGGCUCCUAACUGCUAAUGAAGAGUUGGAAUUAUCAGAGGGAAUACAGGUGAUAUUUUAUAUCUUUUUUGUGGGCUACAUAUCCAUGUUGUUGACAUGUUCAUUUUAAACUAGGAUGAGUCGCAUGUGCCAAGCAAAGUUCAUCAUGCUGGACUGGGACUUUCACUUCUUCGUUUUUGUUCCCCUUCAUCUAUCAGUCGGAUGUGAUGCAUAUAUGUGAGAUUUAUGUGAUGCAUAAAUUGGUUACCGUUUUACCGUUUUAAAUUGGUUCAUCUAUAUUUGGUGAAGUGUUUUUGCAUAGAAUAUUCUGCUUUAAUCCGUCCGUUGUAUCUUCACUUUUAAUGAAGGUAAUGGAACCUUUUAAUCACAGGACGAGAAGAGAGAAUGUGUAAAUUUAUUGCGCAAAUUUAAAAUGAAUCAGAGAUAAUGAUUGAUCCUCUUUUGUUGAACCAGGGGAUCCUAUUGCCCAUUGAUGAUGACUGCCAAAUUUGGUCCUGUAAUUUAGGAAUUAUCGAGAAGUAGUUUACCUUUCCAAAUGGGAUUUUUUUCUUAGAAAUCAAUAUAUUUUUUUUAUGCAGUGUCACAGACUAACUCAUGUUCGGUAGUUUAUUACAUUGUAAGUGAUUAAUUACCAGUGUAGAAGAAAUCUGAAGACAAUGAUUUCAUAAUGAUUUUCUUUAUCCGGUUUUAGGCUCAUAAACUUUGUGGAUAUAAUGCAGGACCUGUUGAAGCUGGAAAAGCUUCAAGAAGAACUUGCAAAAAGAUAUGGGAGUCAGCCCACCUUUGCUCAAUGGGCUGCAGCGGCUGGAGUUGAUCAGAAAACUCUGAGAAAACGCCUAAAUUAUGGCACCUUUUGCAAGGACAAGAUGAUUAAAAGCAAUAUUAGGCUUGUUAUCUCCAUAGCAAAGAAUUAUCAGGGCGCAGGGAUGAAUCUUCAGGAUCUUGUUCAGGUUUUCCUUUGUUUUUGUGAUUUCUUCCGCUCAAACGUACCGUUUUUCUAGCUUCAGAGUAUUGACAUGGAUGCUUUCUUGCAGGAAGGAUGCCGGGGUUUGGUAAGGGGAGCUGAAAAGUUUGAUGCUUCCAAGGGUUUUAAGUUCUCAACUUAUGCGCACUGGUGGAUCAAACAAGCUGUUCGGAAAUCCCUCUCUGAUCAAUCCAGAACCAUACGCCUACCAGUGAGCAUCAAAUGGCACCCAUACUCUUGCUUAAGUAUCACUGCAUUUCAUUUAUCGGACUGUGUUGAAGAGCAUACUUUGCUUGUUCGUCAGUAUAUGGGAAGGUCUUUUCUAUGUAUUGUAGCUGUUGAUUUGGGGCAGGCAUUGACAAGUGCUGUUGCUAGGUAAGAUUGAAAGUUUUCACAGCACGGAUGUGUUGACCAAGAUGAGUUCAUUCCUGCAGAGUGAAUAAUUUAGCUGCGAUUAUUUAGAUUAAUGGAUAAUUCUUAAAACCUGGAUGCCGUGUAGGUAUUUUGACUGGUGAAAAUCAUGUGAUUUCCCUGUGGUGGGUGGGAUGCAUAUAACUGUGGUGUUUAAGAAGUAGACUUGUAUACUUCUCUCGUCUGGUACCACCUAUGUCCAUCUCGUUUCUAUUAGGAGUGCUUAAGAUGGAUCUUCUCCUUACAUAUUAUUUACAGUAGCAGAGCAAAGAUGAUUGGCUGUCCAUUUCGUCCUUAAUGGCCUUGUGAGAGAGAUACUUUCCCUUUUGAAGGUGAUCGGGCUUGGACAAAUAUGUGUUACUUUUUAUUUAUUUAUUAAAAUCAACAAAUCUCUGUUGCCAAAUAGAUUAGUGGGAUGAAGUAAUGUACUUCAUUGUAUCUUGGGAAUCUCAGACUGAUGUCAGUGAUUAGAUGCUAGUAACUUAUCGAGCAUGGAACGAACUACUUUGGAGAAGGAAGAUCAGUAUGCAAUAACUCUUAGAACAAUAUGGCUGGAUGAAUCCUAGUAAGUCUAGAAGCAAGGAUGAGGACAUCUGAUGUAAUGUAACCCCGGGUAUUUUGUAAGCUCUGAAGUGUAAUGGAGCGAAGGUGUUCCAUCGCAGUUUUAAUCUCAUAUUUUAUCGAUAAGUGGGUUAAACAUUAUAUAUUCAUCAGCAAAGUGGGACCAGGGGGUUUUCAGGUUGGGCAGAGGAUCUGAGACUAGGAUCAGAUUCAUCUUGUGGGCUUUCUGAGUGUUUUUGGGCAGCCAGUCUUAACUUGAGGGCUUGUAGAUUUUUCACUUUAGAUGGGCUCCGAUGCGGAGUAGCCAUCCGCCCGGGUGGGUCAUGGAGCUAGCUGUACCGGUUGUGGGUUAUUGCUGGCCUUUAGAUAGCUGCAAAUGGGAGAAAAGGACUAGCUUCCUCUACAUUUCAAAGCAGGAACCGAUGUCAGAGUGCAAGACUCUGGGAUCCCUGCUGCCUUGAAUGAUGGGUUUUUCACUAUUUUUAGUAUAGAAAGGAUGAGAUUUCUUUAGCUAUUGAGAUCAUCGUACAACGGAGUCAGGAGCUUCUUCUGCUGGCAUAUGUUCCCCCUUGCGUUGUUUUGUACUGUAUUUGGGUUUGCCUUUUGCCUCAGCGAGGAGAAUUGACGAUUCCUAUGUGCAGUUCCACAUGGUGGAGGCGACUUAUCGGGUGAAGGAGGCUAGAAAGCAGCUGUACAGCGAGAAUGGAAGGUACCCAGAGAACGAAGAAGUGGCGGAGGCCACAGGGCUGUCGAUGAAGAAGCUUACGGCUGUGCUUUUGACGCCCAAGGCUCCCAGAUCCUUGGAUCAGAAGAUUGGGAUUAACCAGAAUCUGAAGCCCUCGGUUUGACCCCUCCCGCUGCUUCUCCGGGGCUCCCUAUCUCCGUCACUUCCGGCGACUGGUCCGCUGAUCUUGCGUCCUUUUGUUUCAGGAGGUGAUUGCUGACCCGGAGGCGGAGUCUGCCGAGGACAUACUGAUGAAGCAGUUCAUGAAGCAGGACCUGGAUAAGGUUCUUGACACCCUGAAUCCCAGGGAGAAGCAGGUGGUCAGGUGGAGGUUCGGCCUGGAGGAUGGGAGGAUGAAGACGCUGCAGGAGAUCGGGGAGUUGAUGGGGGUGAGCAGGGAGAGGAUCCGGCAGAUCGAAUCCUGUGCCUUCAGAAAGCUGAAGAACAAAAGGAGAACCAAGAGCUUGCGCCAGUACCUCGUCUCAUAG